AUGUCCCAGCCCAGGCUGCUGCUCCUCCUCGCCCUCCUCUGUGCCACCCAGAGGAGCAGAGGGGCUCUCCACCUCUACGACACCAGCUCCUUCCUCAGCUGCCUCAACGCAGCCCUCGACGAAGCCCGGAAGAACCUCCCGGAGGAGAAUUCCAUCCUGGACAAACGUGGCUUGGACUCCCCCCUGCCCCAGGAGCCACCCGAGGAGAGGGAAGAAGAGGAAGGAGAGGAUGAAGAGCUGGGGAAAAGGACGUUCCCAGGGCAAGGCCAUCACUACACACACGUGUCCCAGGGGAAGGGGAAGAGCUCCCAGAGCCGCGCCAAGAGCGACCGCCGCGCCAAGGUCACCCUGUCCCUCGACGUCCCCACCAACAUCAUGAACAUCCUCUUCAACAUCGCCAAGGCCAAGAACCUGAGGGCCAAGGCUGCUGCCAACGCCCACCUGAUGGCCCAGGUGGGGAGGAGGAAGUGA